AUGUGGUACCGGCGACCUGGGUUCAGAACAUGCAACCGCUUCUCAAUUCUCUAAACUGACAAUAAUUUUCGGUGUUUUCGGAGCAAGUGUAAACUCAUAACAGUAACAGGUUUUCUUUGAACAAGUGACGUAGUUAGAGAAACUUCCCUAGCAGACGAUAUUUCGCGCGCGUUGUUAAUAUGGAUGAUGACUACACACGUGCUUAAAGGUGGUAAAUUGGGAUUAUUGUCAUGUAACAUUUUAGGAAGUUCUUUUAAUCGUGCUGGGCUGUUAUGUAGUGUAAUUUGAAGAUAAAGUAUGACAUUUAUUAGUGUAGCAAAGUUUAGUGAUGAGAGGACUAAAGAGCAAAUGGUGCCUUGUGUUAAGCGGGCUAUUGUUCGCUACCGGCGUCCUAUAUGCUAGUGUUAGUCUUCCAUCUUUUACUUACGUACAAGCAGAUGGCGCAAUAAAGCUAGAGAAACAGAGCGGCAUAUUCCAUUAUAAGGGGCGAGUCAAGCGAUCAAAUCGCAAUCUUAGAAACGUAUUAAUAGAUCUUGAAGUGAAACCCGAAUCGCCCUACACUCAGAAUCUCCAGGAGCUGGUUCAUCAUACAGCUCCGCAAGAUAUAUUGCAUCAUCCCCGGGUACAAGAAUGGUGCCACAGACCUGAUAGCACAUUUUCAGGAAUGGAGGGAUCCCCAGUUCAGGGAUAUAAAUUAUCAACAGUACUGGUCUUAGUAACUCCCGGACAUACUGUACGCAACCUCCAGCAAGGCAAAGGUGUGGAUUCUUCAUGCAAACUCUGGGAAUUCCUGUCAAAAUUUUCAGACGACAAGCUUUCCAGCUAUCAGGAAAUGUUGUCCAUACAUAAAAACAUGAAGGUAGAAAAGGGUGGCUUUAAGAUAUUCAAUUCUGCCCCUGUGUCGGGGUUCUGUAAAAAUGGUGAGCUCUCGCCCCUUGGGGUAAGCCAGCAUAUUAAAUUGGGUGAGUUUAUUCGAAAGGCGUAUUUCACACAGCUCAAAACAUUAAAAACAUUACCAAGAGACACCGUAACAAUGGCCAAUUGUGUGCAAGACCAAGCUGCUUAUCAGAGCACCAUGGCCUUCUUACACGGUCUGUUUUCUGAGAAGCAGUUCAUUAAAGCAGGAAUUAAAAAGGUCCAAGACAACUUAUGUAAUAGUAAAAACGGAUUGCCGUGUAAUUGUCAGACUCUUUCUCAACAUACGGACUUUAUUACAGAUCCUUAUGACACAGCAUUAAAAUAUAUUCCCGACAUCCACACAAAAUCUAACUUGGUAUACACAGACACCAUACAAAAGACCAGCAAUCUCAUAGCCAAAAAUCUCAAAAUCCUAAACGGUGUUUCGCAAUUAUGUCAAACAAAUGGUGAAAUUUGUAAAGAUAAUACUAAAUGUAAUGACAUGUCCAUGAAUUCUAUUGUUCAAGUUUUUAACAUGUUAGAUAAAAGCAUUUUCAAUAUAACCCAAUCUGCAGAUUUUGUCUCGAAAUCUCGUCUGUAUAGCCAUCCAUUUUUAAUGAAAACAGUAAGUCUGCUUUUGGAGCCGAAGCAAGACUUCGCUCUUUAUACCAUCAAAGAUUUCCUUAUGGUAAACCUUCUGGUAGCAUUAGGGAUUCCUGUUAACUCACUGCCUUCGCCAGCAUCAAGAGUAGCAAUCGAAGUCCAUGAAAGAUCGUUACGUAGCUUAACCCGGAAGAGGGUCGUUAGGGUUCUUGUAAAUGGUAGAGAUUAUACACCUUAUCUGACGGCCUGCUCGGCCGAUUUUGGUCCUAAUUGUGAUCUGAUGCUUCUCCAAGGUUUAAAAUUGUAUAAUUAUGACUUAGAAUGCGGCAAUUAACCAGCUCCAAAACCGUUUGGGAGCUGGAUAUAUGAUGAAAUUUCCGAUGAAAAGUUUCACCAAUUAUAAAUAACUACUGGCAUUUAUACGCAAAGAAAAAUCCGCUAUUUUUAUCACCGAUGCAUAAUUCUUGUUACGCAUGUACAUUUAAGUCGAUAUAAAUUGCAUAAAAUGUAAUGUUGUAAAGUAUUAUACUCUUUUUUAUUAAGACAUUGAAUUAUUCUCUGUAAAAGCGUAUUUAACUUGAUAUCUGGAAUCAAACUAUACAUUUUUUUAUUUGUUAAUCCAACGAGUUUUGGAUAUUGUUUUAUUGUUAAUGAUAUAUUUUACCGAGAACUUUUUAUAUUCCAUUUAUUUGCCAAAGGUGUACAUGAGUAUAAGUAUUACUAUGUAUAUAUGUGUAGAUGUAUGGAACGGUUUGAAUGCCUUCUACCAAAUGAUAAUACAUGUUAGUAAAAAGAAUCUGUGCGAUUUAAAUACGGUGAUUUUUUUAAUUUUACGUGUUACUAUAUGAAAAUAUUAUUUAGCUAUUAGUGAAUGUGUGUGUAUGGUAUGUGUAUGUGGUUUUUUUUUUUUUUUUUUUUUUUUUUUUUGCUUGUUUUAAGAAAUUAAUAUUUGUAUGCUGAGACGGUAUUCGUAAAAUUCGUAAAGACCUACGCUCCAGUUAGUCUGGUUUCGUUUUAUUUCUACUCAUUGUAUUGAUACUUUGCUUUUAUUGUCAAAUGUGUCGUCCUUAUGCCGUGUUUGCGGGGUUUUAUUUUGCUAGGAAAUCGAUUUUGAAUUUGUCUGAUUGGCUGACUAUAAUCGAUACUAUUAAAAUACAGAUGUGACGUCACCUUUUGAUGUUGGCGUACCAUUAUUUCAAAUAAUGGUACGGGCAAUGUUCCAAGCGUACUACUAGUUGCAAUAUUGGACCGGCGUGACGUAUUUCAUUGAAAUGCACGUGCUGGAUACUGUCUGUAUUUUAUGUUUUUUAAUGGUCCGAGUGCGAGACAUUAA